AUUCUAAUCUAUUAAAUCUUAUCAAAAUGUCAGCAAAAGCUUUGGCUCACGGUUUUUAUUGUUAAGGAAUAUCAAUUCUGAAAUUGUUUUACUUUAAUGCAUUGUUCUUUGUAGCUCGUUUAGAAAUGAUUGUUAUUUGACAAGGGUCAAAACAUAUGUUUUUCUAAAUCGAACCAUACUAACUGCAACUAAUAAAGUAUUAUGAAUGAAAAUGAUAAAAGCGAUAAUGUCGCCCAUAAAAACAUUCAUAAACGAAAUCCCAUAUCAAAACCCCUACGUUUGAAAACAAUCAAAAAGAAGAACUUUCGUCGUGAUAAAAGUGAUUUGGGUGAUAAUUUUGUUGCACCAGAUGGCGGAUGGGGAUGGCUUGUGGCCAUUGCAUCUGGAGUAUGUAUUUUAGUCACAUUUCCUAUAAUGCAACAAUAUGGUAUUUUAUUCAGGGAUAGAUUUAAGGAAUUAGGAAUAAGUAGUUCGCAGAUGACAACUAUAAUUAAUACCCAAAAAGCUGUAUCUGCAUUUACAGGUCUAUUUAAUGGUCCACUAUUUCGACGUUUCACAUAUCGACAAUGUGCCAUAACUGGAGCAGUCUUAAUAUUUAUUGGUCUGUUAGCAACAGUUCGAGCAGAUUCUUUUAUUUUAUAUCUGUUAACCAUUUCUGUUAUAUACGGAUUUGGUCGAAGUUUGAUGGUAUCCUCAUCUAAUUUAGCUGUAAACACAUAUUUCAAAAAGAAAAGACGAACUGCCAUGUCCUACAAAUUCACUGUUGGUGGUUUUGGACCUAUUGUCCUACCAUAUCUCUCCACAUUUCUUAUCAAUCAAUAUAAUGUUGCUGGAGCUGUUCUAUUUUACAGUGCUUUGUCACUUCAUAAUCUAGCUUGUGCAUUUAUUUAUCAACCGGUCAAGUGGCAUGUAAAGAAACUGAAAGAAAACCCUGAAGCUGGACAAAAGGUUUCAGAGAAAGUUCCUGAAAAUGAUGAAUUACUAGAAACACCAAUGAUGCCAAAAACUCAAGAAGAUGGAUGGUUUGGUUCAAAGAAGUCUCUGAAUGGUUCCAAAGUAAAUUACAAGAUCUUAGAUGGAACUUCGGAAAAUUUACCACAGGAAACAGAGGCUGGUAAGCCUCUGUCAGAAGAACUGCCAUCCAAGGAACUUUCCUUGCCUUCAGAAGAAAAAAAGCUCUUAGAAAAGUCUGAUAAAGAACUAGAUAAUAAAGAUCAGGAGGAAAAGAAACCCUCGAUCUGUGAAAGAAUCUCAAUAUUUUUCGAUCUUGAUCUUUUAAAAGAUUUCACAUUUGUCAACUUGGCUAUGGGUUUGACUGUUAUUAAUUUUACAGAAAGUAACAUUGCCAUUUUGACUCCAUUCAUAUUGAGUGAUUUUGGCUUUGAUAACAGCCAUAUUGCUGCUGCUAUGUCAAUGUUGGCUGUAUUCGAUUUGGGAAUGAGGUUUCUAAUUCCAUUUAUAACUGGAAGAAUGAAAUUUGGCAAUAAGGUGUUCUUUUUGGGAGGUAUCAUUGGAAUGGCUUUGGGUAGAGUAGCUGUGGCGCAUAGUAGAAAUUUUACAGUGAUACUGAUAGCUUUUGCAUGGAUUGGCUUAUGCAAAGCUUUGAUGGUGAUAUUUUAUAAUCUUAUAAUACCAGGAUAUGUUCCAUUGAAGAGAUUACCUGCUGCAGCUGGAUUGCAGUUACUUUUGUCGGGAAUAUUUACAUUAACUUGUGGACCUAUAAUUGGUCUCGUUCGUGAUGCCACAAAUUACAUAAUUGUACUUCAUUGGAUGAAUGCGAUGUGUUUUAUGGUGGUUACGGGAUGGCUUUUGGAAGAUUUAUACAAACAAAGGAAAAGGAAGCGAGAAAAAGAACAAGCUGAUCAACAUGAUCGACCAACCCAAGAAGCCAAAUAAUUUUGGAGAGUCAAGAAAUGUCUUCUGUCUUAAAUUGAAUUUUUUUGCAAUUUGAUUAAGUUAUAAGAUUAAUAAAAAUAUCAGUUGUGAACUGUUAUUUUUUUAAAAU